AUGACCAUGAAGAUCGUUGCCGCAGCUGCUGGCGCGAUGGCCUUCCAGGCGAUGGGAGGACUCUUUGCUUCGCCGGCAAGGGCGGCUUGGGGCUGGUUCAUGGAGGUACCGACCGGUCUCGGCUUCACUUGCAGUGAGGGCACCUCGCUUGGCUGUGCCUCUCCUGCAGGCUGCGAGGACUCCAACUUUACUUGCACGGUCGUGCCCGAUGCAGGCAUGAGCUGCGAUGUCACCUCCACGAACGUCGUGUGCUCUAUUGCCGGCGGUGCCCAGAACUUCGUGCCGGACUCUGCUAGUCCGAUGUGUGCCCAGGUCAACACCAGCGACCAUUACAACAACGCCAGCCUGUCCUGGAGCACGGUCCCGACCUGCGGAACGACAACCACCGGUACGGCAACGACGUCUGACGCAAGCAUGGAGAUGGUCGGCUUUGCUGCGGCAGCCCUGGCAACGGCACAGCUGCUUUAA